AUGUCCGCCGUCGAGGAAGCCAAGACCGUCCCCACCACCGAAACCGUUGAAGAGUUGAAAGAACAACAAAAACAAGAAAAUGGCAAAGCCGUGGAAGCAUCAGGCGCAGCUGUGGAAGCAGUGAAAGAAGCGGCGACAGAAGAGGAGAAGCCCGCUGAACCCGCCGCCGAGGCAGAAGCGAAAGAAGAAGAAAAAGCGGAAGAAAAGGUCGAGGGCGCUCCCAAAGAAGAAGAAAAGACGGAAGAAGCCGCCAAAGAGGAAGAAAAGUCCGAAGAAAAGGCUGAAAAUGGCGACAAAGCCGGCGAGAAACGCAAGGCAGACAGCAAGGACGAGGACGAGCCAGCCGAGAAGAAGGCCGAGUAG